AUGCCCUUUGCACAGCUUGUCAUUGGUCCCCCCGGUGCGGGCAAGUCCACCUAUUGCAAUGGAAUGCACCAGUUCCUCGGCGCUAUCGGCCGGAAGUGCUCGGUGGUGAAUCUGGACCCCGCCAAUGAUAAAACCUCAUACCCGUGCGCGCUGGACGUGCGCGAUCUGGUUACGCUGGAGGAGAUUAUGGAGGAACAUAAGUUGGGACCGAAUGGUGCGACGCUUUAUGCUUUGGAGGACCUGGAGGAGAACUAUGACUGGUUGGAGGAGGGUCUGAAGCAGCUUGGAGAGGACUAUGUUAUAUUCGACUGCCCCGGUCAAGUCGAGCUGUUCACGCAUCACUCCUCAUUACGCAAUAUCUUCUUUCGGAUUCAGAAAAUGGGCUAUCGAUUAAUAGUCAUUCACCUCAUUGAUUCCUACGCCCUCACUCUCCCCUCAAUGUACAUCUCCGCCCUCCUCCUCUCCCUCCGCGCCAUGCUACAACUCGACCUCCCACACCUAAACGUCCUCACAAAGAUCGACAAUCUAUCAAAUUACACAAACCUCCCCUUCAACCUCGACUUUUACACCGAAGUCCAAGACUUGAAUUACCUCCUCCCACACCUCGAAGCCGAGUCCUCGCGUCUGACAAAUUCAAAGUUUGGCGCCUUGAAUACCGCGAUUAUCGAUCUGGUCGAGGAAUUCGGACUCGUCGCGUUUGAAACGUUAGCCGUGGAAGAUAAGAAGAGUAUGAUGAAUUUGCUUAAAGCGAUUGAUCGUGCGAGUGGGUAUGCGUUUGGGCCUGCAGAGGGCGCUAAUGAUACUGUUUGGUCGGUUGCUGUGCGGGAGGGAAUGGGUGGGAUGGAUGUUCGGGAUGUACAGGAGCGGUGGUUGGAUGCUAAGGAUGAAUAUGAUGCUUUGGAGCGGGAGGAAUUGGAAGAAGUUGCGAGGAUGGAGGAGGAGGCUAGGCAAUCUGCAAUGGGCGGAAUAGAAGGUCUCGAGGAUGAUGAUCUAGCGGACUGGAGUGGACCAGUGCCGGAUAGCGGGAUCACAGUACGGCGCAAGCAGACAUGA